AUGUCAGCUGUGGAAUCCGAAAAGCAAAAGCUCGACGGUCAACAUGACGACGGGGAUAUUUGCCCUUCAAACGACGUUGAAUCUCUGAAAGUGCAGGAAAAUGCUGUACAUGAAACCACUCCCGAGAAAACCGAGUCAUUGUAUUGUAUUCUAUCCGAGAAGGAGAAGGUUCUCACGAUAUGCACUUGUGCACUGGUGACUUUUCUCAGCCCUGUAGCGGCGAGGAUGUAUCUUCCCGCUCUUGGUUCGAUGGCGAGAGACAUACAUGUGUCAACGACCAAGAUCAACCUGACGAUCACUGCAUCUAAGAUUUUCCAAGCCGUGUCUCCUCUGUUGACGGCCAGUUUCUCCGAUCUGAAUGGUCGUCGUCCCAUUAUUAUAGUCUGUUUACUCGUCUUCUUGGGAAGCAGUAUCCGGCUGGCCCUUCAAAGCGACUUUGCAGCGCUAUUAGUUCUGCGCUGUGUGCAAGGAGUUGCUAGCGCCAGCGCCAUGAUAGUCUCCGGCGCUUCUAUAACUGAUCUUGUCACCCGGGCAGAACGAAAGAAAUACAUGUUUUAUUCUGCUCUGGGGACAACCAUUGGUCCUGCAAUUGGACCAACUUUCGGAGGUAUCUUGACCCAAUACCUAGGAUGGAGAAGUAUAUUUUGGUUCCUUGCUAUUUCAUCGGGCGUAAUAGCCCUCGUCAUGAUCCUCUUCCUCCGGAAGACCUGCCGAGCUGUAGUAGGCAAUGGUAGCCUGGCUCCCCAGCCCUGGAACAAGUGUGCUCUUCAACUCAUCUAG